AUGGACAGUGUAGAUCAAGACUGGAUCCUUGAGCAGGAGAACCAGGUCUCCACGCCCAAGAAACGUAAGGAAGCUCGCCAGGAUGAAGAUCGCCUUUACAACAUGCUUUCUUCGUACAACGAGGCCUGUCCCGAAGCUGCAGAGCAUCAUCCUGGAAAGAAGAGGGGCCAGUGGUCCUGCAUCAAGUACAUGGAGAGGGUGGUCGCAGCGUCCGGCUUGGUGUCCGACACCUUGGGAGAGAUGACGUGGGAGAAAUUGUGGUUGGAGUUCAGUGCAACCAUUCGCGGGGGGCGGAUGACUGAGGAGGCUGCAAUGGCCAAGUGGCAGGAGUCAGGACCAGAAGGCAAGUUGAGAAUCUGGGUUAAAACCGCCGACCAGCUGAUCUACAGAUCCACCUACAUGAAGGAGAAAUCCGUCGACUGCGAGGGCGAUGUGGUCCAACGUGGAACGGAGGAGGACAUCGAGAAAAUGAAGCCCGCAAUCAUGAUGGGCCACGAUGCGGGCAUGGGCUUCGAUGGCGUUGCUGCGACCCUUGUCAAAAACGGCAGAGACACCUUCCAGGCCAGCGAUGGGUUUGUGAUGGACAUUCUGGAGCUUCAACCCGACAUGGAGCUUGAUGACGAGGAUGAAGACCCCUCUUCAGCUUCUGCAGCUCCCGCAGCUGAGGCCAAGAAGGAUGAUCCGGAGAAGCCCAAGAUCUGGGUGGCUGAGCUCUUCGCAAAGAAGGGUGAGGAGCAGCUCUCUAAGCAGCUGCAGGCUGAGAAGGAGUUGCUGGCUGAGUUGGAUGAGGACGCGAAGAAUCACUUCGCUGGAGAGCUGAAGAUGUUCCGCGUGCGUCUUGAAGCCUUGGAGUUGUGCUUCAAGCAGAAGGAUGCUGAAUUGAUCAAGCAUUUCAUUGGCCGGUUCAGUCCUGUGGCCCAAUCCGGGGAUGAUGCUGAGCUUCCUGCUGCCAAGCUUGAGAUGGGCUCUUGCCCGCCGUGUGAGCUGUACGCCAAGCUGAAGCCCGUGUCAGAGCUCCUUGCUGCUUGCGAGAAGUACCAUAGCGCAUCCCUCCCAAAGCACAUCAAGGACCAGGGAGAUGUCACGGCCAUGAUUUCUGACAUCAAGAACCCUUUGAGCCAGCUGCUCCAGAAUGCUGCGAAGGCUGAGCGGAGCAUCAAGGCUGGGCGGGAGCAGUUGAAGCGGCAGAAGGUGCGCAUGGCUGCAGCGGAGGGCAAGAAGGGUGCACAGUCAGCCACGCCGGUGGUUGCCUUGUUUGAUCAGGGAGUGGCAGUGGGGCGCCAGAUUAAGCGGGUGGCGUUGGACAAGAUUGCCGAUGCUGACCUGGACUUCAAGGUUCCCUUCAUCAUUGAGGCGCCGAACUUGGUCAAGGAUGUCACUGCAGCGUACGCCAGUGAGCUAGAUGGCUUCAAGGCAAGCUUCGACAUCUGCCGUAAGGAUCAGAAGUUAGCCCGAGCAUCCAAGGGGUUGGCUCCGGACUUUGAGUCCGACAUCACUGUCGCGCCGAAGGUUCUGCAGAUGCUGAAUGGCGGCGUGCUGCCUGCUGAGAAGAUGGGGGACACUUUGAAGAAGGCAACGUUGCUGAGUGUCUUUGCAAUUGAUGUUGCCUACGAUAAAGUGUCGGCGGAACCAGCCCUGGUUGCAGCAGUGCGGCUGACGAUGGCAGGCACAAGAGCGGUGGUGGUGACUGAUUG